AUGAUGCAUGCAGACACUAAUAGAUGGCAGGAUUUCAGACGUGUAGAAAGUUGUGAUAUGUAAGUGAGUUCUUGUUAUUUUGGCUCCAGAACUUGUUUCUGAUUGAUUGAUGAUCAGUAAUGACAGCACGCUAUGACGGAUGAGGUUAUCUAAUUGUGACUGAUAAAGGUCAAAGAAAAUAGUAUGUCAUCUGAAGACAUUGCCCAAGGUCAAUAUGUCAUUGAAUGUGACAUCUGCAAACAACCAGCCUCGUUCUUCUGCAGACGAUGUGGGGUCAAUCUCUGCGAUCCUUGUGUUCCGGUACAUCUCCAGAUUAAGUCCAAAACCGGACAUGACGUGGUGGAUUACGCCAGUAGAGAUGAUGACGGCACCUCUAAAAUUGAAGAACUGAUGAAAACCAUUACGAAGGAAAACGAGCGACUACAAAACUAUAAGAAUGAACUCAAGAAAAUCAUAGAUCAUACCACAAAGCGUCUUGACAAGCCAAAAAUUUCCGGUCCAUUCCAAUCCAGGUUUGCGAAAAAAACACAACAGAGAUUAUCUUCAUUAUCCAAAAUUUACCAACAGAAGGAUGAAGUGACGUCACGAGGAGAGGAGUGGCACAUACAGAUAGAUAAAACCGUGAAGAUGCUCCACCAGGAACUGGACGACAUGCAAAAGGAGCACGAAUCACUGCUCCGGAAACAGAAACGAGAAUUGGAAGAAAUUUUAGGAAAAGUUGAUGAAAUUAACGCCGCGACAAUGAAACUGAAAAAUUCACAGAAUGUUAUAGAAAUGACGAAACUGAUACCAAUGAUUGAAAACCAGGAAACUCCCUUGGAUAUUACACAGUACUCGUUUCCGAUGUUUUACAAAAGCGGAAUUGACGACAACUAUUUGAAAUCGUAUUUCGGAUACAUUGAGAAUAUACAAGAAAGAAAGAUUUCUCUGCCGAGAUUGAUAUCUGAAGACGCUGUGAUUUCGAAUCACAAAAUAUUAGAGCUGCCGGAAGUCAUCACAGCAAUAGACACAGGGUUUCCUGUUAGCAAAAACAACAACCGUCUAUACGAUAUUGCUGUUAUUGAUGAUAACAGAGUGUGGAUGGGAGGAGCAAGUUAUGAACUCAAGUUGUUUGAUUUCCAGGGAAACCUCCACGACACGGUCUCCAUCACAACACAGGGCUUGUGUUUAACUGUAUACAACAAACACGUCAUUUACACAGGUAUCAAUACUGUGUGUAGAGUAGCCGAGGAUAAAACGAUCCAGCCGAUGUUUACAACCGGGGAGUGGGAACCACACGGCAUCACGAGUACCGCGACAGAUGACCUACUGGUCUGUCUCCAUAAAGAUGACCAGUACAAAGUCGUGCGAUACAGCGGUACCGGUACCAUACUCCAGGAAAUCCAGUACGACUCACAGGGCCAGCCUCUGUACCGACGACCAGCCUACAUCACUGAGAAUGUCAACGGGGACAUCAUCGUAACAGACUGGAAGAAAAACGCUGUCAUUGCUGUCGAUAGAUUAGGAAUAUUUCGGUUUUCUUUCUCUGGGAGGGACAAGCCAUCUGCUGUCACUUCCGUCACUACUGAUGCUGGUGGUCACGUUAUCGUUACUGACUUUGGCGACAAGAUCCACAUGUUGGACAGGGACGGGCGAUUCCUGAGAUAUAUCAUUCCAGAUCAAAGGAUUAAUAAGCCACGCGGUGUGUGUAUUGUCGGGGACGGGGAGAUGUUUGUGGGGGAAAAUAAUACCGGCAUAGCAAAACGAAUAAAAUAUUCAGAAUAAUAAACAAAAUGAAUUGUGUGGUGUCUCGUAUGAAAUAUUUUAUUAUGAACUCAAGUUGUUUGAUUUCCAGGGAAACCUCCACGACACUGUCACUAUCACAGCACACGGUAUGUACCUCACUGUAUACAACAAACACGUGAUUUACACAGCACAG